UAUAUUUUAGUGUUGUCGUUCGUGAUUCACUAGAGCGUUCGGUAUAUUCUGUCACGACAUAGUUUAAAUUCUCUUAAUCAUAACUGACUACAAUCGACUACAACGAUUACGACGAUUCCAACGACGAAAGGACGAGCAUUUAAAUGUCGAUUAUUAAGAAGAUCCUUGGUACGGCAUCAUUAACGAUGCUCCUUUUCGUACUUCGAAGCAAUCACUGCCUUCCUCUCGAUCAAACAAACAUUACAAAUAUUCAAAAUGGACAAGACGUCGAUCGAGGAUAUACCGAGGAGAAGAUAUACGAAAUAUCUCAAGCUUGCUUGACUCCGGCCAACAAGGAAGGCCACUGUAAACAAAUCGGAGAAUGCGUACUCGACGACGUCCGAUCGAAUACCAGUCAAUUUCUCAAUAAUAUGUGCAUUCUCAAUCGCACUCAAAUAGGAAUUUGUUGCCCGAACGAGUCACUGAGUACAUCGAAUUUGUCGUUCGUGAAAAGUCUGGCCGGUCCAUUACCUUCUAUAGCAAGUUUUUACAGCGAAGAGGAAAAUAAUCCAGACGAUAGAAAAGGCAGAAUACAGAGAGGAUGCGGAACGAACACAAAGAUUGGUACGAGAAUCGUAGGUGGACGACCGGCUGAUCCUCGGGAAUGGCCUUGGAUGGUGGCGUUACUUAGAAAAGACGUGGUUCAGUAUUGCGGAGGUGUUCUCAUCACCGACAGACACAUAUUAACGGCUGCCCAUUGUGUUCAAAAAUUCAAGCCACGCGACAUUCUCAUUAGACUGGGUGAAUAUGACUUUACGAAAUCAAACGAAACCAGAGCUUUGGACUUUGCGGUUAUGGAAAUAAGAGUCCAUAGGGAUUUCGAUUCAGCCACGUACGAGAAUGACAUUGCCAUUAUCAAGAUACAACGACCCACUACCUUCAACAGUUACAUUUGGCCUAUAUGUUUGCCACCAAUCGAUCAGACAUUUGAAAAGAAAACAGCUAUUGUUACAGGCUGGGGAACACAGUAUUAUGGUGGACCAGCCAGUACCAUUCUUAUGGAGGUUACAGUACCGAUAUGGCCUCAAGAAUUGUGCAUUAAGAGCUUUACUCAACGUAUCACGAAAGCUACCAUGUGCGCAGGCGCUUACAAAGGAGGUCGUGACGCUUGUCAGGGAGACUCUGGUGGUCCAUUGGUUCAUCAACUCGGGAAUGGCAGAUGGGUGAACGUUGGAAUCGUUUCCUGGGGCAUUCGUUGUGGCGAGCCUGGCCAUCCUGGAAUUUACACUCGCGUAAACUUUUAUCUCGAUUGGAUAUUCGCGAAUGCCGUCUUUUAAUUUAUUUCAUUAAUAUAAUAAUUUUAUAUACGAAUAA